UUAAAUUAAUUGUCAUCAAAAUAUGCUUAGUUGGUUCAAAAAAAAGAAGCCUGAAACUAAUUAACAGUAAUAAGAGGAAAAAGAUGAGAGUGAUUUUGUCGAGGUAAAAUAUUUAAUAAAUUUAAAGGAUGAUACUUAAGUUGUUACUAAUGAGGAUAAAGAAUUGGAGGAAAAAGGAUUUGAUCCUAUAACAUAAGUUUAAGAAUAGGACAAGGAAAAUGAAGGUAUUGCUGAUCCUGAUAAAUUGGAUUAUGUUGGUUAUCAUGAUAUACCAGGAGAUGAAAUACUUUAAUUGGUGCUUAGCUUUAAAAAUUUUCCAAAUGAUGAGGAAAUUCGCCAUGGUGAAGGAUAUGAAAAAGGAGGAAGAAUAUGUGCUGAUAAAAAAGUAGUAAGUAAGGCAAGAAGUGUAGGAAAAGAAAUGGUAAAAUAAAUAGGUAAGAAAAUCCUAUCAGGAUCAUUGAAUCUUACUAAAGUGAGUUUUCCUAUUAGAGUAAUGAUUCCUAAAACUGCAUUGGAAACUGCUGUUCAUGGAAGUAAUAAAUAUAAGUAAAUUAUCAUAGCUUCCAUAUUUCCCUUAUAUAUUACAAAGGCAACUAUGACUCCAGAUUUUUUGGAAAGAUUCAAAUUAGUUAUCACAGCAACAUUAUCUUCAUUUUUUUGGACUAAUACAUUUUUGAAACCUGUAUUAUUGAUAUUAAUUUAGCUUAAUCCAAUAUUGGGUGAAACUUUAUAAGCAUCAUAUAAUGAUGGAACAUAAAUAUAUUGUGAAUAAAUUAUGCAUCAUCCACCUGUAAGUUACUUUUUAGUUUAUGGACCAAACAAGAAGUACAAAUACUAUGGAUAUUAUUUGGUUGAAGGAAGAGCAGGCUUAAAUUCUGUGACAGUAUAAAAUAUUCUAUAUUAGAUUAUAAAUAAAGGUAAGAGAUCAAUUGAAUUCAAUGAUGGGUAAAAGAUAGAUUUUGAUUUCCCUAAUGAACUCUAUAGUGGAACCUUUUUUGGUUAACUUAGAUAGGAAUCUAUCAAUAAAAUUACAUUCCAAGAUAAAGCUAAUGGUUUAUAAUGUAUUAUUGAUAUUGGAAAAGUUAAAAAGAAGUAUAUUUAUAUUAAAAGUUUAGAACUUCUGAUUAUUUCUAAGCAGAUAUUACAUGCAAAGGAUAAAAAGUUUCAACUGUAUAUGGUACAUACAUAGGAUUCAUUAAUUUUGAUAAUGUGAGAUAUUGGGAUUAUAGAUAUGUAACUCCAUUCAAAAUUAAAAUGGAUAAAUAACCACUUGAAAGUGACCACAAAAAUAGAUCUGAUUUACAAUCUUUAAAAAUUGGAGAUAUUCCUAACGCUUAAAAAAAUAAAGAGCUUUUAGAAAACUUAUAAAGAAAUGAUAGAAAACUUAGAGAGUAAUACGAAAAAUAAAAGAAAUCAAAAAAGUGAAUUUAAAGUUAGU